AUGAAAGUGGGUUGGGUCAACCCACAAGUGACCCGUGACCCAUUGGGUCUCGGGGCGGGUUUGGGUCGACUUUAUAUGAAAAAAAUAUAUGUGAACCGACCCGAGUGUGACCCGCUUAAUUACCGGGUCGAAGUUUUGAUUUUGGAAGGCGACUAA